UUUGGUAAUCAAGUCCCACAUUUGACCCUAUUUCUCCAACUUCAUAUUUCCGUAAUUGGAAAGAGUUUCUAAAUUGACCCACCAUCUUAAUCAUCACCAUUUUUCAUGAAUAGAAAGAAUUUUGCACAUAUGAUUCUUUUAUGCUUCCGUUCAAGUGAAUGAUACAUUCAUCCAAGUUUUUGCAUGUGAAGACAAGGUAUUCGUAGUGCAGCCAAGGAUGACUUGCCGGCAACAUUCUUAGUUCUUCUUUCUUUUUUUUUUUUUCUUUUUUCUUUCUUUUUGCUCUUCCUUUUCUUUUCCUUCUCAAAACCCAUAAAAACCGCACCCUAAGAGGUAAGACGUGGGAACUAUUCAUGUUAGUGACAUAUUAUGUAUAAAUCAAUAUCAAUUUAUAAGCUAGUCAAAUGUCCGCCCGUGUAGAGGUGUAGUGGCAGCGACGGUGGUGGCGGUAAUAGCCGCCGGCGGCGGCAAUUGUGGUGGCGAUGGUGACGGUGACAGUGGUGUGUUUAUUAAUGUAAAGAGUAAUUGAUUUAAAAGGGGUAUAAUGCACAUGUUGUAAAUUAAGUUCAUUUAAACGUAUUUCAAGUAAAUAUUAUAGGUGUUUAAAGAGCUUUUGAGGUUCUCAAUAACUUAAUUGAAAAGAAUUGGAAACCAUUAGAUGUUUGAUAAUGUAAUGUAGAAUAGAUAUAUAGGUUUCUGUGGGUUGCUUGAUAAAGUUAUAAUGUACCAUGGGCAGAUAGACAAAUUAUAUAUGUUUAUCAUUUUUUCUAAUCGUUAUCUAGUUCACGUGAUCAAAAAGAAAACAUAAGGUGUAUAUUAUUGGCAAGUCGUCCUUGGCUACAUGUCUAUCCGGUAAUCACAUGCUAGAACUAUGAUGAGUAAUUUUUCCAACUUUGAGGAUGCCACAAUGUUCUUUUUAUUUGUUCUUGCAAGUGUUCUUGGGUUUCAAUUGGCUUGGAAGGUUGUUCUUGUUGUGCAACUGGUUUCAUGGAUCGCACAAUUUAUAGGACACGGAGUAUUUGAGGGAAGAGCACCCGCGCUUCUUGACAACAUCUUACAAGCAUUCUUGAUGGCUCCAUUCUUUGUUCUGUUUGAGGCACUUCAGAUCCUUUUCGGGUACGAACCAUAUCCAGGAUUUCAUGCACGUGUUACAGCAAUUGUUGAUGCUGAAACUGAAGAUUGGAGGAACAAGAAGGGAAAAUUACUGACUUAGUAUAAUCAAAAUGUCAUUAAGAUCAUACGAAAGUGUUUAUACUUUAACAGAGCACGAGUAGAAUCUUAUGAUCGUGCUGAAACUUUAAUUUUUAGUCCAUUUGCCAUUGAGAGAACUGUCAUCAUUCUAUACUGCACAUCAUGUCCUUCCACCAAUUCAAACUUAUAAAAUCUGCACAAAAUGGCAAGCGCCAUUUUCAUUUGCAGGUAUGCAGAGUCUUUGCCGAGGCAUAUUCUUGGGCCAGCCUGUUACAGAAAAAGCAUCAAUAAAAACUGUGUUUCUACUGUUUAUAUAUU